CCUCCUUUGUUUCUGUCUUCUCCUCCCCUUCUCUCUCCCUCGCGAGAAUUUGCUUUUGUUAUUACCCCCAGCUUGACCUAACUCCUCCAUCGCUCUCCUCCAGCUUGGCUAGAACAGGAACCAUUGUUAAUCAUUUUUUUUCAGUUCCUUUUCAAUUAUGAAUCGGAGGUUAUGAUUAGCACCAUGGUUCUCCAUUUUUUUUUCUUUUAAUUAAGUUGCAGGUGUCUGUGUUUUUGCUCAAGCUGCUACAUCACCUUGAGAAUUGCAGUGAAGUGAGGAAGAUUUUCUUAUAGUUCUUGGCGUGCAUCCUGAUCUCAUUUUCAUAUGGCUGCAUCGUCUGCUUCAAAAUUGUUUCGCGCUGGUCGUUCAUUGCUUGGGGGCCUGAAGGAUCCUAAUGGGUCAAUAGGAUUGUCAAAGGACUUGCCCAGAAGUUAUCUAUUUUCUCAGCAACAAAGGACUUUUAUACAGAUGAGGACCAAUCUCAAAGUCGUGGACAACUCGGGGGCAAAAAGGGUAAUGUGCAUACAGGCUUUAAAAGGAAAAAGAGGAGCCAGAUUGGGAGACACGAUAGUAGCAUCAGUGAAGGAAGCGCAGCCUGGUGGGAAAGUGAAAAAAGGACAAGUUGUUUAUGGUGUCGUCGUUCGUGCAGCCAUGCAGCGAGGCCGUAGUGAUGGGAGUGAAAUCAAGUUUGAUGAUAACGCUGUCGUACUUGUGAAUAAGCAAGGAGAACCAAUUGGAACCAGAGUCUUUGGCCCCGUUCCACACGAGCUGAGGAAGAAGAAGCAUGUUAAGAUUCUUAGUCUUGCACAGCAUAUUGCUUGAGCAGUGGCCUUCUGUGAUGCACUUUGUGUAUUCUGACUGUUUUUCUCAAGCAGCUGUUGCACCCAUUUGUGGAGAAAUGGAUAGGUUUUUACAAGUUCUCUGAGAGCUUAAUUUAGUUACUAGUUAAUUCAGAUAUUCACCAAUGAAAUGGGAAGUUCCAACAUUAAUUUCCUUGUUGCCUUCUA